AACGAACAUUGCAUAUUCCGUGUUUGGCCUCGUCUCCUUCCUUCAACACUCUCUCUGUUUUCAAGCUAUCGUCUCUUAUACGCAUUGCUCGGAGAAGAGAAUACCCUACUGAGAUUUGCUAAAAAUGGCGGAAGAGAAGUCAAUCAUUGCAAAAGAUGUAACUGAAUUGAUUGGAAAAACUCCAUUGGUAUAUCUCAACCAUGUUGUAGAUGGUUGUGUUGCUCGAAUUGCAGCGAAGCUAGAAAUGUUGGAACCUUGCUCCAGUGUCAAAGACAGGAUAGGAUAUAGUAUGAUUGCAGAUGCUGAGGAGAAGGGACUCAUUACACCGGGUGAAAGUGUCCUCAUUGAGCCUACCAGCGGAAACACUGGCAUAGGUUUGGCAUUCAUGGCUGCUGCUAAGGGUUAUAAACUUAUUAUAACCAUGCCUGCUUCCAUGAGUCUAGAAAGAAGAAUCAUUCUUCGUGCUUUUGGAGCCGAGUUAGUUCUCACAGAUCCAGCCAAAGGAAUGAAAGGAGCUGUUCAGAAGGCAGAAGAGAUACUGGCAAAGACUCCCAAUGCUUAUGUUCUUCAGCAGUUUGAAAAUCCAGCCAACCCAAAGAUUCACUAUGAAACCACCGGACCAGAGAUCUGGAAGGGCUCUGGCGGGAAAGUUGAUGCCUUUGUUUCUGGGAUAGGGACUGGAGGUACAAUAACAGGUACUGGGAAAUAUCUGAAGGAGCAGAACCCCGAUAUUAAGCUAUAUGGUAUUGAACCACUUGAAAGUCCAGUAUUGUCUGGAGGGAAACCUGGCCCUCAUAAGAUCCAAGGAAUUGGUGCUGGGUUCAUCCCUGGUGUUUUGGACGUUGGUUUACUUGAUGAAGUUAUCCAAAUUUCUAGCGAAGAAGCUAUUGAAACUGCUAAACUUCUUGCGUUAAAAGAGGGUUUGCUGGUGGGGAUAUCAUCUGGUGCUGCCGCCGCUGCUGCAAUUAAGAUUGCAAAGAGACCAGAAAAUGCUGGAAAACUCAUUGUUGUGGUUUUCCCGAGCUUUGGAGAACGUUAUCUAUCAUCAGUGCUCUUUGAAUCCGUGAAGCGAGAAGCAGAUAACAUGGUCUUCGAGCUCUGAACUUACAUAAAAGGCAUAUGAGUCUUUUGCUUCUUAAAUUUGAAGUUGGAGGGAAUGGUAGCAUCUUGAGUUGCAGUCCGUGUAUGACUUAGAUAUGCUUUUUCAAUAUUCAUCUGAAACAUAAUACGCUUUUGUGUUGCUUUUAAAUUCAAAUUCAAUAAUAAUAUCAGAAGUGGUGCGCUUUGGAAUAUUUGAACUCUCAGCUAUUUGAUAGUCAGUGACGCCAAGAAUCGAUUCCUGUACCAAUUUCAUUUACUAGUCAAAUCCUGGUUUUAUGAGUCUGCUUGUAUUAUUUUUUGGAACUUCUUUAGCUGCAUAUU